ACGAUGCUGCAGUGUAUCAAGUGUCUGCCAGAAACAACAAAGGGAUGAGCAGCUGCUCUGCAGUUCUGGAAGUUGGAUCUUUUACACGAAUGAGGGUUUUUGAAAGAAUGCUCAGGAAAACAAAGGGAACUGAGCCUAACACACAACAUGAGGAUAAGGCUGUUCAGCAAGGUUUCAGGGUAGAGGGAAGCAGAACAGUGGCCUCAGAUGAACAGUGUCCUGCAUUGGUACAGUCUGGGUCAGUAUAUGAGGAACAGCCAACUAAAGAAAAGAACAGCUAUUUAGAUAUAAAUACCUUGAAAAAUGCACAUACUAGUAAAAAUAUUACAAACAAGACUAGAAAGUGCAAGGUUAAUACACACAGGCUAAAAGCAGCAGAUGGGUUACCUAGUUACAACAGUCUUCCAGUUAUCAGGAAUGAUAAGGAUGUGGCUGGAGGAGAUAUAGACAAGCACCAUUUAGGAUGUGAAUACAGUGGCUUGACAGAGCCCAUGACCAAACUUGUAGCACCUGUUAGGGCUGACGUACACGCAGUGAGCCAAGCAGAGAACUGCACAGAGAUUAAGUCUAAAAAUGGUUGGAGUUUUCAUAACAGACCCUCUGUGGACACAUGUCUCAUCACAGCUGAGGAGUUUAAUCUAGAUGACCUGGAUGAUUCUGAAUGUUCUGAUGUCAUGACGGAAUAUACCAAUGCAAUCUGGCAAGCAAGAGUGCAAGGAAUCAAGCUGCUGCUUUUAAAAGAAGGUGACCACAGUGAUGAUGACCUAUGUCUAGAGAAGGAUCAUAUUGUCAGCAGUCCAGAAAAAGUAAAAAACCUCAUGGAAUCCAGUGACAGUAAAGCUGUGGAUGCAAUCUCUGGUGGUCAGUCAAGAGUUAAAAAGCCAGCUGUCUAUAGAAGCCCAUCUGAAAACAACCCGUCAAGCAAACACAGAGAAAUGGUUCACACAGCCACUCAGUGCCAAGGUGAGUGGCUUGCAAUAAAACCACAUGUGCAGACUACCAUGGCAAUUAAGAAUAAAGGCCUUGAAAAAGCAGAUGACAAUUGCGUGAAUAUUAUUUUGCCAGAACAUAUAUACAAGAAAGUUACUAAAGAAAACAUUGAAGUGACAAAGGAGAGAAAUGUCACGGAUUUGAACUCUCUUUCAGGGAUAUGUGAAGGAGAACUAGCUCUCAAAGUUAAAGGAGAACAUUUGUCAGAGACAGAUAAGGAGGAACUAAAAGGCAAGAUAAAGGACAUUGCUCAAUCUCGUGAAGAAAAUUCCACUGGAAUAAUUAACUCUGAGAAGGAGAGUGCUUUAAAACAGUCUGGCUCACUAGAUUCUGAGAAACUUUGCAAGUGGGACUUGUCUAACAUUGUUCCUAAGUGUGAAAACGUUAUACCCAUGGAAACUAAAGCCAUUUUAAGUGACAGUAGUACAAUAAGGGACAAUUGCACUGAAGAAAGUUUGUUUACAGAGAAAACACAUAAGAUUUACCCCUGUGAAAGGACUUCCCAUAAGAAACAGUUUGGAUUAAUGUGUGAAGAACUCAAUAUACAGAUGACUGAGACCAGACACUACCCUUCAUACCUUGACUGUAAGGAAUCUGGACAAUUCAAUUCCUCUUUGGAAAUUUUGCAUUGCAUAAAAGCUGAGGCUGCAGAGAAUUUCAAUGAGCCUUUAGAUUCACUUCGUCUCAAAAAUUGUUGCUGGAGUGAAGACCUUAAUGUGGAGAUGGAUCAACACAAUAAUGAUGGGAAAACUCUUUCUCAGACCCAGUACAGCAGCACAGCAACAAAUACCCUAGACAAACCUUUACAAUUAGAACAUAGCCCAUCUUCCGAUGGCUGUGAAUUUGCAAAGUGCUCUAUGAGGAAUCAAAAAGUAAACCUGUGUAAUAAUACCCCGAGGAAAGAUAGUGAUCUAAAGGAUAUUUUACCCACAUCAUUCACUGGUGCUGAGGGGUCUCAAGAAAGGAAUGUGCAGUGCAAAGCUAGAGACGAUUUCCAACACACCAAAGAAAGUGUUUCUCUUAGAAGUGGAGCAUUAAAAGAAAACCUACAAUAUACAGACUCAUCAUUAAACACAAAGCAGUGUAAUGUCAUUGAUAAUGAACCACACAUUCAUGAGGAAAGCCAGUCAUCAAAGCUGCCACAUGAUGAAGGACCAUUCAAAAACAAUUCCUGUCCAUCUACAUCAGCCAUAUCCCCUUCAAAUGAAGUAAACCGUAUGACAAAUCAAAUAAAUAACCUUGGUAAUGAUGUGUCAGGCACAAACAGAUUACCUACUGCCAUUAAGAAAAAGCCUCCCUUGAAUGAUACAUCUACGUCUGCCAUUUCACCGCUUAAUCAAAAAGAUGACAUGCAAAAAGAUAAAACCCCAAACUCAGACACAAAGUCACCGCACCCAACUAAUAGAGAUGAAGCUCAAGCCAUUUCACCACCUGUUAAAACAAAUACAAGCAUCAACUUGUUAAAAGGGUCUGAAUUUGAGAUAACAAAUGCGAAACAUAUUUCCACAGCAGAUGGCAGGAAUGCAGCUGAGCCUAACUUCAAAUGUAUACCUAGGGAUUUAAUCUUACAAGAAAUCAUUACAACUGAUCAAGAAAGUGUUGUACAGCAGCCAAAAGAAACCCUGGAAUCUUCUGCAACUUUGAAGCCAGUGCCCAAACAAAAUGGAGAUAAUAUGAUGGAAAUUUCAGAUGAAAAGGUCAGCCAUCAGAUAAAGUCUGCUCACCUAUCGUUCAUAGAGAUUGAUACUGCUGUCCCACAAACUGCCAUACCAGAGACAGUGGAUUUGUCAGUGGUGUGCACGUCAGUGCCAGAGCAUGCGGAAGCUAAUUUGGUGACAGUAGGCUUAGAAAAGUUUAAUGUUGUGCCUCCAGUCUUGCAAAAGGCCGAGAAAACCAGUGAGUCACCUGUAAUUCUUAAGUCCCAUAGUAAAGCCUUCAGUGGGAAAUCUGUAACACAAAAUACAGAUAGAAUUAAAACUGGAACUUCAAAACAGCAGGGGAAAGAGCUAAACACCAGUAAGUCUUGUGGUGGACAAAUAAAAAAUGUGCAGCAAGUAAAAGGUGUAGAAUCCCUGAAAAAAGCUCCUAAAGAUAAAAAAUCUCCCUUUAUGGAUAGAUACAGUAAUAACAAUACAGGGGGUUCAAAGGUGAAAGACGAAGCUUUCGGUGCAAAACAAUUACUGUUGAGCAAGAAAAACCUUGAAAAUCCUACACCAGCUGCUUCACCCAUCCCUAGAAAGGGGUACCCGGUUAAAGAUAAUGAACACAAACGUUCAACUGCCAAAGAGCUCCCACUUAGUGCUAGAAGGAAAGUUACUUCCCCAGACAAGUCUGGCAGGCACUCUGCACCAGAGGAAACACAAUCAGCUACUGAAGUGCACCAGCAGAGGGAAGAGAUAACCAAACGCAUGCGUUUGUCAGGUGAAAGAACCAAGGGUGCACCUGUGGAAGCAAAGCAACAGAAGCAGCAUUUAGGAGAAAACGAACAUCUCGGACUAAAGAAGAAGGAAGGCCAAAGAGCUACCGUGCAGGAGACUCCAAAAAAGAAUCAUAAUGAGCUGCACAAAAAGAAACAUCCCCUAAAAGAGGAAAGCAAAGUGCCCAAAGUUCUUCGGCACAUCCAUGCAGAAACCUUUCCUGAUAUUUCUGGAAACAUCAAACUCUGGUGCCAGUUUGGUGACAUCUAUGCAGACUCAACCAUCACGUGGUCUAAAGAUGGGGUGGUGUUGGCCAAAGUACAGAGAAGUGCAGGUGAUGACAGCCCAGAUUCCCUGGCCAUUGUUCAAGCUACAAUUAAAGAUCAAGGGAUGUAUCAGUGCAAGUUGAAGAAUCCCAAUGGGAAAAUGUCAUCUGAAUUCAGACUGACCUCAGAAGCACUGAAUGAACUAAUUAGUAAGCAAGACCUCGAAGGUGGGGAAGAAAUUAAAUGUGCACAGUUGAUGUUCAGAGAAGAUUUUCUGAGGGACCAAUAUUUCGGAGAUGAUCUGCUUGCCAGCAUUGUUACAGAAGAGCAGCACUUUGGGGAAGGAUUACACCGCAAAGCUUUCCGAACAAAGGUCAUCAGUGGCUUGAUGCCAGUGUUUAACUCAGGGCACGCUUGUGUCCUCAAAGUCCAUAACGCAAUUGCCUAUGGGACCAAAAAUAAUGAUGAGCUCAUUCAGAAGAACUACAACUUAGCAGUACAGGAGUGCCAUGUACAAAACACAGCAAGAGAGUACAUUAAAGAAUAUAGAGCUGAAAUAAAAUGUACCGAAGCUUUUGGAGAAGUGCCAGAAAUAAUUCCUGUCUACCUUAUCCAUCGUCCUGCCAACAAUAUCCCAUAUGCAACCCUGGAAGAGGAACUGGUUGGAGACUUUGUGAAAUAUUCUGUGAAGGAUGGCAAGGAGAUGAAUAUGACGAGAAGAGACUCCGAUGCUGGGCAGAAAUGCUGUACCUUCCAGCACUGGGUCUACAAGAAGACAGACGGGAACCUCUUAGUCACUGAUAUGCAAGGUGUGGGCAUGAAGUUAACUGAUGUUGGAAUAGCAACUUGUGGCAAAGGAUACAAGGGGUUCAGAGGGAACUGUGCAACUUCCUUCAUUGAUCAGUUUAACGCUCUCCACCACUGCAAUAAAUUCUGUGAAAUGUUGGGCUUGAAGUCAUUGCAAAGCAGCCAACCAAAGCCCAGAAAGACGAGGGGACAGCCAAGCUCAAAGAAAAUGGCAUUUUUGCCUCACACCAAGAGCAAAACAUAAACUGGUAGUGCUGGCAUACUAUAAAAGUAUAAGAGGAUAACAUAUUAGGAUUGAUGACUGUUACAUAUACCAACAUUCAGAAAACAACUUUGAACAGGACUGGAAUUCCACAACUUGAGUGAUUCACUUACUAUGAAUAUAAUACAGCAGAUACAGUACAACAAUUAUCUAGGCAGGCAUAAGCACUGCAAAGCCAUGCAGUCUGUGAAUACUUCAUAAUCGUUGAAUUUGAAUUAUGCAUGUGAUGAAACAAGAAUGUUUCAAUAAUAUAUUACCACAAUGUGGGCUUGCUACCAGAUUGGUAUUUUUUCUGAUGGUUUGUUUGCCUUUAAAAAUGUAAAUAAAUAUCUGCAAGCAGGGAUUGUUUUUUAGGUACUAGUAAAAGAAGGAAAUGAUGAAUGGAUGUCUGUGCAUUGUACAGAUUAUCAUUAUUAUUAUUUUUAUUAUUAUUUUCCAUACAAAAUAUCCAGAUGUUUAGUUUAUAAAGCUAAGUGCUGUAAUUGUAACUGGGAUAUAUCAUUCAAAUGAAGGGACAUUUCAACACAACUUAAUAAGGGUAAACAAGGCACAGCUUUCAUUGGGUGCCAUUCAAAAAAUAUUAAGACUGUUUUAAAUAGUUUUAAUAAGAGAAUACAAUCCAAUGGUUAAAAAAAAAACACCUCUUCUAGUGUUUCCUCUGUGCAGAGUCUUAAAAUAAUAAGUCUUAUUUUGAGGUUUUAGAGCAAAGUUGACAGCAACAACCUAGACUGGAAUUAUUUAUUUACAAAAAACAAAGAAAAAGAAUAUAGUGUUUUACUGGACUUACAGUAUUCACACGUAUUGUUAUUUAUUUAAUUAUUUAAAAUUCAGUGCUGCUAAAAUGUAUCGUUCUGUGUCUAAAUAGCAUAUCAGUAUCACUUUAUAUGAAUAUAUCCUUUAUAAAUAGUU